AUGCCUCUGGGGCACGUGAUGCACGUGACCUGGACCGGGGUUUCUCUCUCUCUCUCUCUCUCGAGCACGGCCGUACCCCAUGGAACCCGGUCGCCCUCUGGAGGCCAGUCUACGGGGUGUGCGAGACGCUCCGCUGGGCCCCUGCUCGGGGGGAGCCACUGCGUGGGGCCUGGCUCCUCUACGAGGAGACACCUAGUAGCCAGCUCUUCCUCGGUAGAGGAACAAGGCCACCACGGCUAGUGGCCCACGGAGUGCCAGCGGAGCGGCUCGCAAGCCCCGCAGGGAAGGGAGGAGACGCACCCUAUGGGGUCUGCAAGCCGCUCCGCUGGCCCCUGCUCGGGGAGAGCCACUGGCGUGGAGCUUGGCUCCUCUACGAGGAGUCUCUUGCAGCCAUAUUCCUCGGUAGAGGAACAAGGCCUCCACGGCUAGUGGCCCACGGAGUGCCAGCGGAGCGGCUUGCUAGCCCCGCAGGGAAAGGAGUAGUACCACGCUAUGGGGUAUGCAAGCCGCUCCGCUGGGCCCCUGCUCGGGGAGAGCCACUGGCGUGGUGCCUAGCUCCUCUACGAGGAGAUCCCCCUUCGUAG